AUGCCCUGCCUCUCUUGGCCUUCCUUUGUCUGGGGAAACCGCUAUUUUGGGUUCCAGGGCAGAGCCCAGGGGUUUGCCGAGACAGACGAGAGACGUGUUCUUACUGCCGUUUACCGUAUUGCGGCAAUGCCGGCUAUGGAAACGCUAUUGAACAUGGCCCUUGACUAUGGGCGUCUCGGCAUGCUGGGCAUUUCUAGCUUCUGUCUCAAGGAGGUACCGCGCGAACUGACACUAGGAGUCGCCCUAGACCGGAUCAACGGGGCACAAGGGGAGAAAAUUAUCCCGCAAAUUUCAUCGCGAUGGAGUCAUGGUACUGCGAUCGGCAAGACCGUGAAAUGA